CAGGUUGCAGCGCUCCGGUUUAACGCGGGACUUUUUUCUGUGUUUUCAGGCCAACGUGGAGCAUCUGACGCAGAAGAUGAAGACGACCAUCCAGAGAGGGCUGGUGCUCAGGAAUGAGAACUCCAAUGAGAACUACACCACUGACUUCAUCUACCAGCUGUAUACCGAGGAGGGGAAGGGGGUGUUCGACUGCAGGAAGAACAUCCUGGGUCACAUGCAGCAGGGAGGAGCUCCGUCUCCCUUUGACAGAAACUUUGGCACUAAAGUAGCCGCUAAAGCCGUUCAGUGGAUCUCACGGACGCUCAAGGACUCUUACAAAGGAGGUAAGACCAAACAUGAUGAGACAUUUAGUUAUUUCUGGUCUGUGUGUGAGUGUGUCUUUCCUUAAAGGUCACCUAUUGUGCUAAAUCCACUUCUCCAUGUC